GUGACGUCAGCGCGAUGGCGGGGGAGGCGGCGGCGCUGCUGAGGGCGGCGCAGGCGGAGCUGCGGGAGCGGCGGCUCUCGGCGGCCGAGGAGCUCCUCAGCCGCUUCAUCGCCCGCAGCCCCGCGGGCGCCCGCAGCGACCUCGCCACGGCGCUCAAUGAGCGCGGGCAGGUGCGGUACCUGCGCGUCGAGUUCGCCGCCGCCGUGCAGGACUUCACGGCCGCCAUCGAGUGCCAGCCCGGCUUCGAGGUGCCCUACUACAACCGCGGGCUGGUGCGCUACCGCCUGGGAGACUUUGAUGAGGCCAUGAAAGAUUUCAGAAAAGUAUUAGAGUUAAACCCCCAGUUUGAAGAUGCUGCAUUGAGUCUAAAACAGGCUAUUCUUGAUAAAGAAGAAAAACAGAAGCGGGGUUAUUGAAAAUUCAGGGAGUGAUGUGAAGUGAAAAUAUUCCACUGAACAUGUGAUUUUUGUCAUUGACGGAUAAAACACAAGAUCAUUUACAUCUGUUAUGACCCGUUGAAAAAACCUCAUGGGCAGAUUAAGUUAAAAAUCGAUUAUGAUUGCAACAAAGCCUGAAUUUGGAUAUUUUUAGUCUUGAGGUAAAGUAUAAUGUUGAUCUCUGUGAGACACAUGUACAGAUUUUGUACAGAAGUACUUUAUAAAGACAUUGGAAGCUCAGUAGCAGCAAAUGAGGCCUAUGGUUUUCUUAUUAAAACUGUGUUUCCAUAUUUAUUCACAGAUUGUCUUCCAUGUCAAACAGUCUUCCUUGGGGGGUAAAAGCAAACUCCACAAAACUUGUAAACAUAYAAAAGUGGAGCUUGUAAGAAGUAUAGUGUUUCAAUAAUGAUAGUGUUAGUUCAGAUAAAAAUGUAAAUUUUAUMUAAGCCCAAAGUGCAAUUGUUCAUCAUACGGUGUUGUCCAUGACAUGAUCUAUGGCAUCUGAAUUCCUUUUUCACUUUGGAAAUUCUUAAUACUUUCUGUAUUAAGAAAUACUUAAAAUGACAUCUUUAUAGGUAACAGUAUCUGUACCUUGCUUGAGAAAUGUGGAAUGAGAAUUCAAUCAGUUGUAUGUACAUUCACUCCUAGGGCUAGUUUUACAGUACCUAAAGAGGUAGGAACAGAGCAAAUCUAUUUUUUUUUGUAAUUCUAUAAUAAAAGUAUUGUCCAGAUUAAUUGAAAAUAAAAAUGAACAUGUGCUUUUUAUCUCAUGAUUGUCUGCGAAGAGUUUACUUAGAAAAUACUCACAGGAGGAAUUGUGSCUUUCUUACUGAAGAAAUCAAUUCCCUGAAAAAUACAGUGUGAAACCCAUCUGGCUGUGAAUACGUAGACAGCUUCAUUUCUCACAUGGUAGGAGGGACCAUUACUGAAGUCUGUAAAUCACCAGCCAUAAACACCCUUGCAUCUUCACAGCAAUACAGAGUUCUAAUAAAGCAAGUACUCUGAUAGCUCACACGAGCAUUAGGAUUUUGGUUUUUAAAUGCAAUUAUGCCAGUGACAUUUCUGCUUUUUACGGUGAAUUCCUCCAUGAAUGGUCCCCGAGUCUGCACAAGCACAGGGAUCACUGAAAGUGGUGGGAACGUUUGGRUGAUUCAUGAGAGCAUCCUGGAACCUCUGGAUAUCCUUCCCAGCAGCCUCACUGAGAUCACUUUCAGCUUGAGCAUGAAACUGCAACAGCCACAAUGAGCGAACUUGAAACAAGGGGCUGAGAAAAUGCCACAUUUACCACUCGUGCUUUUGACACUUUACUGCACCCAUUUAAAGUUACAGAAACAAGAUGCAUGAGACCAGGAUGUGACCAUUUACAGUUUGGGAAAUAGGCAAAGACUACUUUUUCCCCCCAAAAAAGUCUUAAUUUUGGAUUUUUCUAGAUAUAUUAAGCACCAGCUUUGCUACCAUUUAUCUUGGUGUUCUGUCUCCAAAACAACACAGAUAAUUCAGUGACUUGACACACUUCAUGCCACCUCAAUCUUGAAAACUGAGAAAUYCUACCAACUGUUUGAUGGUGAGAAAGUGAGCUAGAACUAAGCAUGUUCCUGAUGAUGCCAAGACAAAAAGUAAUGAACAGCUGAAUGUGACUUCAGAAAUUUUACUGUGAGGAGAUCACAGAUGUGGUUCUGCACAGGACACUUUAAAUGACCGGAUAUAGACCAAAAUAUUAACUGUGAAUUAGUAUUUUAGGAAACAAAGAUGCUAGAGAUAGUA